AUGAUUUCUGUUUUGUGGCUGUUAUAUCUUUUGCUGGUCAGUGUGCUACUGGCAUUUUUCACCUAUGCAAUAUUUUUUCGAAAGGUAAGGCAAGAAUCAUUUUGUUUGCGGUGGGUAACUUUGCACAUCGACCGAUCAAAGAUCAGCUGAGAGAUGUUCAAAUAAUGCCUUUUGUUUCCAGGGAAGACUUCACGAUUCAACUCCAGCACAGGACAAAGUAAAAUACCUCAAGAAGGUAAUCUUACUUCGAAAACGUGAAAUUUUAUUUCCUAUUUUGCCACGAAUAUAAUGCUGGAGACUAUGUACACUUUUGCAUUAAUUAUGAUGAACUUCUGAUCAAACCCACUGAUUUCCACGUGUUACGUAUGAUCUGAAAUAGCUAUGAAAAUAAACUGAAUUUAGUAAUCCCUUUCUAUUAUAGCUAUGUCACAAUGGUAGUAUAAAAAUAUAGACUAAACUCUCGCCCUUUUAAGCGUAUAGAUUCAAGCGAACUUUGGAUUUAACCGUGAUGUGUAAUCUUCAGAAAUAUUUUUUUUACCCAUGAGAUUUACAUAAUAUGCAUUCGCUUACAGUAGGUACACCAUGAAAGAAACCUGAGAAUGCUUGACUGCAAUGUACCUAGCAUGCCGAUUUCAUUAUGACUUAAUUAUUAAUAACUUGUGACUUUAUUUUACUAUACAAUGAUCAUUUCAAAUUGUGUUUUGAUAACCUUAAAUCAAACAGUUUAAAGUUCUUUCUUAGGUCAUUGAAGGUCAAGUUACGAGGUUUAAAAAAUCCCAAAAUAAAAACAAAAGAACUUUGCAAUACCUCUAGUUUUAGUUAUUUCACUUAAUUUGUUAUUUAUGUAUUUAGCAGAAAGUUGUUGUCCCACUGAUAAAUAUUAUUCGUUUCUUAUAAUACUUAUUAACCCUUAAUAACAUCAAUUUUCACCUAACAUUUAUUAUGUCAAUAAUUAGUCAAGAGAAAAGAUUAUGGGAAUUAUUUAGAUGAUCACCUAAUGUAAUCUGCUUUGAUCAUUUAUCAAAAGUUCCCAGUCAAUUAUUUAAGGAAUUUAUGGAGACCCGAAUAUGUAUGACUUGUACAAGUACGUAUCUGGGCUUAAAGGGUCAAUUGCUUUCCAACAGGGCUUGUACCUUUACAAGUGCUGAACAUCACCUAACCCUUCGGUUUCAAUUUUUUCUUUAGUUCUUUGAAUUUUUUGUGUUGGUCAGCUCCUUGCAAUAAGAGAAACAGCACGAGUGUAGUAUGAUUAUGAAGACUUAAAUUAAUGAUUAUGGAGAUCACUCAACUGAGAGAUGCUAUUAGUUUUUAUUAUAAUUGUUAUUAUUAUCAUUGUUAACAACAACAAUGCAAUGCGUAGAAAAGAAAAAUAUCUGAACUUGAUCAAGGAAAUGAGUAGAAAUUACAGAUGUGUGAAAUUUGUAAAUCUCUCCAUGAGCUCCCUUGGCGUUUUCUCCAAUGAAUGCUCAAUGUUCUUAGACAUGAUGAAUGACAUUGGCAUUGACAAAAAGCAGCAACCUUAUAUAAUCAAGAAAAUGAUAACUAUAGCCAUUAGAGCAACAUAUUACAUCUCUUGUUUUAGAACUAGAAAUUGGGAUAGCCCAGACUUAAUGCAGUUUGAUGUCUUUUCUUUUCCUUUCUUUUCUUUUUUUUUCUUUUUUUUUUUGUUGUGUUUUGUUUUUGUUUUUGUUUUUGUUUUUUUUUGGAAUAAUUCAAUCUCAAACAGCAUUUGUAAAUUGCCUAUAUGUAGCGAGAUUUACAAUUGCGCAUUCAAAAACACAAAUAAAGUUUCCAUUAUUAUUAUUAUUAUUAUUAUUUUAUUAUUUUUUUUUAUCAAUGCUUACCCAAAAAUGGCAUUUGGUAGGGACAGACUCUCAUUUUUUUCCUCCCGUGAACCAUUAGGACCAUUAGGGAAACAAAGCAACCCUUAUAAUAGUCUGGUAUCUCUUACACAUUUGAAACUAAGCCUCACAUUAUUUGUUUUCAUAGAACAGUUAAGUUGCUUCAUGUUAUGUGGACGUUAAUCGUGUUCCGGUAUAUAUUUGCACAAAUUAUUAAGUUUUUUUGUUUUUCCUCUGACAGUUGAAAAGGUAGGUAGGUGCCACUAGUGUCAGUCCAAGAUACUUAAUAGAAUGCUUUCCGCAUGUCACAGUCUUAAAACGGUACAGAAUUUUGAUCUGGAAGCAGUUUAUCGAAGUUUACAUUUCCAAUCAAGUGUUAUAUGUGACCCUCCACAGGAUUUUAAUGCUUAAGGUGAAAGCACGCGCACAACACGUUUUCACUUUAAAGCAAAAGAAUUUAUUUUAACUCGCUUUAGCACGCUUUCAGUCUUGCCUCAUUAGCAAUUUCUUUUGUUUCAGAGGACAUGUUUGAGACAAUUAAGCGUGAGCAAGUUGAACAAAAGAGCGUGUUAAAGUUUUCAAACAAAAGCUCCGUGCAAAAAAGCACAACACGCUUUCAGUGUGUGCAAAAGCACGCAAGGCGUGUUAUCUAUAAGCUAAAUAAAUUUUCUCUACAAAAAGGAACCGUAAGUGAUUAUUAACGGCACCCUUUUUGGUAACUAUCGAGAAAGAAAAAGUUAUACCUCCGCGAUCGCAGCGAUAGUAUCUGAUUGAAAAAACGUUGUCGCUUGAAAAGUAUAAACAGUGAACGGUGGGACCUACUGGAUUUAUGGGUAGAACUAUAUUAGCAUUGCAAAAUCAUAGUUCUUUGCAGAAAUGUUUACUGAUGAAGCUGUGCAAGGGUUAUCUUAACUUUCCUUAAUUUAAAACACAUUUGCAAUUUUCUCAGAAACAGUGAUCUUUCGGACUUAAGUCACUUUCUUUCCGAUCGCAGCAAUCGCGAUCAAAUAGAAAUCAUCAAGUGCCAGGAUCGCUAAAUUGUACUUCUUUUUUAGCGAUUGCAAGGAUUGUAGUGAUCAAAUGAAGACCAGCCUGCUUUUCUAGAUGUACCAAAAUUCCAAAACGGUUUCAAAAAGCGAAACCGGUAUUUAAACAAUGUAUCCAAAUUUGUUCUUCUUGAAAUAUUACAUCGCGUAUGCUUCAGUCUUAUUGUCCAAAUUCCGUAAUCAUCCUGUUGUCUUUCUUGUGGUUGCAGCCAUCUGUUUUACAACCAUCUAAACAAACAAUCGCGUAUGAAGUUUCGGUGACUGAUUUAGCGUCAUCAGAAGUAUUACGGCCUACAGUUAUAUAAGUGUCUUAAAUAGUCUGCCACACAGCCGUUUUAGUGUCGUCACACAACGCUCCAUCCACUGAAAACGGCCGCGUAGCAGACUAUUAUUUAAGCGGCGCGAAAAUAAUUUUUUAUUAUGUCGCGCUAGUUUACUGCGUCUUUCAAAUGCCUAUUCUGAUGCAUGAGUGGAUUUGUCACCCCUCCUGAAACUUGGUAGUGCCUUGAGGACUAAAUUAAAACAAAGCGGAAUUUAAGAUAAGACGUAAAAAAAAACAGUCGCUUUUAUAUUUACAACCAAUCUUCCCUCAUUCUACAGUGUUUUUAGUUUACAGAUUCUUGUUUUUUUCGUCCUGUGAAGAACGAGAUAUAGUACACGUUUACAGCGCUUGAUUUGUCUUAGCGUAGCAUAACGAGAUAUCUUCACAUAAAUUUAUUAUGAUUGACGGCCCUUCGUCCGUCAGGGGCACCUGACGGCGAUUUCCUCCUAAAUGCAUCCUAGCAUCCUAGGACAACUUCAGUCGUUUCGAAAUUACAAGGGCUUCAACAUUAUUUCCCGAAAAAUUUAGCUUCCAAUUGAAAGUUUUAGGAAAGUGAGAAUUUUAUGGUAUUUUCGGUUCGGAAAAUUUUAGGAUUCCUUAAUUCUCUACGAAAAAUAGCUUAUCUUGGGGAGUGAAAUGGAAAAAAUUAAACUUCAGAAAAUCGUAAGGAAUUUAUUAGAUAAGCUUCGAAAAUUGUACAUGCAUGGAACGGUCAUCUAGAAAUGGUUAGCCUUCCUCAACCUAUAGAAAAUUCUAGGCAGUUUUUGUUUUUCCAAUUUAAUUACCUCCAUUCGUCUCAACAGGGCUUAUAAAGAAAUAUAUUAAACUAAUUUAUUCAACUUCAUUUCUCUGAGCAUUACUGCUAUUAAAUAUUCUGGUGGCAUAGCUUAACUUCAGUGCCUCGCAUGUGAUAGCUGGCCUCUUUGCGAUUCCGGUCAACAGCCGACAGCCGGAGGAAUUAAUUGGUUUACACUGAUCUCGCGUUAAUUCCAGGCUAGACCACCAUUAAGUCGUGAUUUUCAAAUGGAUACAGUUAUGAUCAAACUCCAAAACAGUCUAUAUUGGUAUGCUGAUUAAAUCUGCUGAAAACCCGAGCCAUUUUAUCAUCAAGUAGCACUUUUAGUAAUCAAGCGUGUUCAGCGUGUCUUACCCAAAUUGCACGCUAAGCGUGCUAUAAUUCGUACACUUACCGUGACAUAUGGCACGCAAUAAAAAAACAAAAUGUCUAGCGUGUUAAAUUUACCAAAACAAAGGCAAGUGUGUCCGUUUUUGUUUUUUCAAUUUAAUAUGCGCAUAUCCAUGAUUGACGGCACACUAAGCGUGUUGUGCAAGCGUGUCGUGAGCGUGCUUUCACCUUUAACAUCAAAUUCCUGUGGAGGGUCACAUAUGUGAGAGUUUUAUGCAGUUAGGUUUCAUGUAAAGAAUCGAAUAGUUUGCUUCUCUUCUUUUGAAAUAAGAGCUCUUCUAUUCUCAAAUUUAAAAAGUUAAAAUUAACUUCCUUACAAUGUCUAUGCUGAAAUCCAGAUAUAAUAUCUCUCAGUGAUGAAGCAAUGGAAUUCUUUUUGUUGUUCUUGGCAGAGAACACGUGCACCGGCCCACAACAGGUGCAGCAAACUUCAGUGAUCUAACUUCACAUGCUUAUUUCCAGAAAGUCGAAAAACAUUUAAUCAAUGUUUUGGUAAGCUGUGCACAAAGGCUGAGGUUUCCCUCGGGAAAUUCUGAGAUUCAUCCACCAAAGACAACACCAGAAAUUACUUAGGUCACGGCAUUAACAAUAUUAUUGCAACCAAUCAGUGUUUCCCCCAUAUUUUGGGGAAACAGGAACACUAUUAAUAUCUGCAUGACACAGACGUAUCUCUCCCCAAUUUUUUUUGAGGAAGGGAUGUCUGUACACCGGCUAGGUUAAAUUUAAUGUAUUUUGGUAGAGCUAAUGAGGUCUUCACUAAAUAAGCAUUUAAUUAUUAUUUUCUUUUUUUUGUUGAAGCACAUUCUUCCCAUCUGCUCCACGAGAUGGAAGCUUAUGGCAGUAGACAGUGGAUUACGAGUAUGGCAGAAAAAUGUGGAAAACAAACCUUCAUGGAUGCCCAGAACAAUUUAUGCUUGUUUUGGAAUCAUUCCAGCAUCACAGAAGGUUAGAAUAGAAUGCCCUGAUCCUAAAUCCCUCACUUCUGAAGGGCAGUUCCACAGGUUUAAGCUGUAACAGCAGCACUUUCUAAAAAUUUUGUUUUCCGUGUAUGCCUGAACUUCUGAAGAUGACAUUGAGGGAGGGCUUAAAGUGCUUGAACUACAUUUCAUUUUGGACAUGGGUAUUGGUAAUUGUUCUUCAUAACCAGGCAGUGACCUGAAAACAGCUUUAACUACAUUGAAGCUUCAAAAGGUGUUUUAGGGCAAAAUCCCCAGGGGUAAACAGGGUAUGGAAAAAAAACUAGCCCAGUGUGAGUUCAAGCUUGUCCUUUGGGCAAGCAGCUCUUACAUUUUGCUUGCCUGGGACAACUUCCUGCUCAUCUUAUGAUAUUGUUAGAGGAUGACUUUCCUGGACCCUUAAUUGCCCAUUGGUCAAGUUAGCUAUAAAAGUCGCUGGCUCAGCUCCUGGACUACCGCAUGGGGCUUUUUUCAAGCCGUGGUGAAUGUGUUAAUACAUGUACAUUAAAUAAACUUAAUCUGUAUGCACUCCACAUUCGGCUAUAAAUCGAGACCCUAAAUUUUAAACUCUUAGAGUCAGCAUAACCAUGAACAAAAGGUAAGUCCAAAACACUCACAAUCAGGGACAAAAGUAGUUGACUUUUUUGUUUAAAAUGGGUGCUCUUAACAAACAUUUAAUUCAUUUAUUAUUUCAUUCCUACUAAACACCGUAAAUCCUCUCACCCCCCGAAUCAAUGUUGUACGUCUGAAGUAAAAAAAAAGACUUGAGGGUCCAAAAUACAACAUUGAUUUUGGGGGGAAGGGGUUGGGGUAGACAGGGGAAAGGGAUAAGUAUAUCCACUAUGCAAAAAGGGGCUGUUUUAGGGAGGUCUGUUAACACUUUUGUCAUUGCAGCUAUAAGCCGAGAUCCAUUCGUUACAAGACUUUUAACUACUUUUUUGUCUGAUAUUUUGACAAUUUGGGACUGAAUUUCUGUGCCUAGCUAACUUAACAUUCAGAUUCAUAGUUAUGUUGAUCGAUUUGAUCUUUUGCCAGUGCUAUUUGCUAGGCUUAUAAGUGAAUACUUCCCCAUUAAGUAAAGUCUCAAUGCACUGAAUAACGUUUUUUGUCAAAAACUCUUGGCUAUAAGCCAAGACCCCUCUUGAUCUCAAAUUGCACUGAACUUUAGCUUUUAAUUAAGUUGUGUAAAAACCGCUCGGCUUAUAGCUGAAUAAAUCUGGUAUUUUUUAUCGGUCAUUAGCCUAUUUGUGACAACUUCAUGGGUCAAGAUGAACUCAACAAAUUAGCCUGCUCCCUCUGUAUGGGUCUUCAUAGCUCAGUUGGUUAGAGCACUGCAGUGCUAACACAGAGGCCAUUUUGAAUCCCGGGGUUUUUUUGGGGGGGGGGGAGGGGCGGGGUUAAUUUGCAAUAAUAUUGCUUAAAUUGCAAUUACCACUGCGAUGAUCAUUAACUUUCUCCAUCAUUUACCUUUGACAGGAAGUAAUUAACAUUCUGAAGCAACCUGACUUGAUGAUGGAAUGGGAUCCAGCAGUAAAGAAUAUAUCAAAGGUUACCAUGGCAACUGAAAGUGAUGUCAUAUCAGUGUCAUUUAACUGCACAAGUCUCAUUGCACGAGUUGUACAUCAAAUACGGGAAAGUUUUGGUGGGGAAAUAAAUGCUGUUUAUUCAAGGUAAGUACACGUGUAUUAAACUACAAUUUUAUUACUAAACCUCUUUAAUAAAUUACUAGUGCCAAACGAAUAGAGCUGAUAGUCAGCUUUGCAGUCUAGGUGUCCAUAUUAUAAGUACAUAUGUAGACUGUGGCGGAAAUGGUGUAGAGUUUGGUUUUUUGGGGGACCAGAGCUACAGUAAGUGUUUGUAUUACAGAAGUGUCCAUGUUAUAGACAUAGAAGCUUGGUACAUGUAUUUUUUAGACCAUGAAGAGAGCUAGGUUCAACUGUACAUGUACAUCAGUACAUGUAGUACUGAAUAAGAGACUAAGGGCACUAAUUUCUAAAAGUCAGAACUGGCCAGCCAAACCAUGGCCUGACCAGUCAUUUUGACAAAGAAAUAAGCUUUCUAAGAGAUUUUGCUGGAAAACCAUCUCCUCCAUACAAACUAUUAAUUUCAGGAUUUGACUGAUCUGGCUGUGUGGAUACUCUUGAUUAAAAGAGAAAUUCCCAAUAUGAUGGGAAUGGUCUGGCUUCUCAGUUCUGACAAAUGGAAAGUGCCCAAAAUCUUUCCGUCUGUUCUUGAAAAUCUUAUGUGGGCAUGCCAUGUUUGUAUCACUGAAGUCCUUCCUCACUUUUCAAUAAACUAACUUGACUGUGCUUUCUUUAAAUCCAUCUUUCAGGCACUGGGAAGUAGAUCCUAGUUCAAACACUGAUGCGUGGUUCUUGAGCUAUUUUGUUGAACAAGUCAUCCCGGCAGAAGGAACUCUGUGGUCCUGCUUUUUAGUCUCCUCAAUAGACAAUGGUAUGGGCAGCUAAUAUAUUGCAAAGCUGUGCUCUGAGAGAAAUUGAAGGGAGCCCUGGUGCUCUGAACCUGUGAACUCCAGGGUGCCCAGCAUAUGAUUUCUAUGAAAAAACGUAAGAUUUUCUUGUCACCCUGGAGUAAAAGUUCCAAAGGUGCCAGGGGUCACUAGGCACCGCCAAAGCAUAGCCUUACAUUGUAUCUAUCUUUAGUUAUAACCUUCUGUUACGCGGGUAAUCUUUUAGAGGAUGGUUAGCUUGCAAACCAAACUGAACGCAGGGUUGUCGGAACAGUAACUAGAAGAUUUAUUCCAAAAAUGAACGUAGUUUCCACUGAGUAAAACUCCACAACAGCACUUAACUCGUUAAACUUACACGGCCUCCGCCAACUUCAAUUAACUUGAUAAACUUGAGGGCCACAAGUUUAUUAGCCUUUGGCUAUUUGGUGCUACCCUCUUUAAAUAAAGGCUUUACUUACUUACUUACUUACUAAACUUACACGGCCUCUGCCAACUUGAAUAAACACUGCUUUCGUCACACUUGACUAAACACGACUAACGUUGAACUCUCCUCGCUUGUGAAAACUAGUUAAAACUUAACUCGGACUCGCCUACUUAUAUACUUUCACAAUAACAUUCUAGGACUGUCCAAAUAGUCUAAUUAAAGAAAGAUUACAAAAUAUACCGCUUUUAGAAAGGCUUACACAAGAUCCUAAAAUAAACAAACUACGAACUCUCGCGAAGCUUCUAGAAAGUCAUGCUAGUCACGCAAUACAAUUUUUCGUAACACCUUCUCACUCCCAAAAGUGUCCAAAGUAAAAAUUCAGCAAAAAAUUUCCAGAUUUCCAGAUUUCAUUUUGUAAAAUAGAAAAAAAGAAAUGGCAUCAUGUGAAAGCUCUGCCAGAAAGGUUCAUUUAAGUGGCAACAACAAGUCGUAUAUAGGAUUUUGUCUACACAAGAAAAAUAACAAUAAUUAUUGGAAUCUCAUCCCUGCACCUUGUCACCCUGUGAUUACAGUUAGUAAGCAGCUAGUUAGUUUUAAUACCAAAUAUCAAAGGAGAUUGGCUUUUUGAACAGUCAUUCUCUGAGAAAAACAAUAACUUCAAUUUCCCUUCUAAUAUUAAAGGCCAAAGAAUCAGUUCUUAAAAAAACUUUUUUUUACAAAUUGUAAAAAAAAUAGUGCAUGUAUUUGAACUAUAACUUGAAUAACUGAAUAAAUACAUGUACAGUACAUAGUAUAAACUUGGAUACCCAAAAAGUUCUGCCUAAAAGGUUUCAUUUGAAUAACAACCACUGCAUUUUUUCCAGCAUAGUCUGUGAACUUCUUUGUUGGCAGGGGUUGGGGAGGGUGGGAAAUGAGAAUCUUCUGUCUUCCCCCAUCCCCACCCCCGAGACCUUGCUUGCAGGCUAGGUCUAGCAGCGAAAGAGGUUAGUAAGGUGUCCAGUCAUUUCGCUGUCAAGUCAUUUCAAUUCACCAUGAAGUUGAUUCUCUGCAAAGCAUUUUUCGUCUCACUGUAGUCUCAGACUUAGGAAAUUCAGUGAUGGGCAGGUAAAAACUAACCGCUCUUAUAAGAACCCCAAAGUUUAAUAUCAAAGUUUUCUUUAUUUUUUUUCUAAUUGAUGCAAAAAGGCUGUGUUGUGAAAGGACUUCAAUAUGCCGCGAAAUGACUUGUAGCGAAAUGAUUUUGUUGCAAAAUGACUGCUAAUAAGGAUGUCAAAAAUUUUGCCAGGUGAAGAUGAACAGUUGGAGAGUCUGGUAACUUUGGUUGCUGCACCCGUUUCACCAUGGUUUGCAUCCAUACCAACAUUAACAGCAUCAAGAGUAGCUGGACUCCAGGAUUUCUUUACUCACUACAAGCCUGAUGCAUCUCCUAACAAGACGGCCAGUGUAGCCUCAACAUCUUUAUCAUCAACAAGUGAUGAUCUUACAAAGGAUUUGGUGCCACGUCUAAUUGCAAAGCCAUCAGGUAGGCGUUAUACAGUGGGACCCCUUAACCCUUUAAGCCCCAAUAUCCACAUAUAAAUUCUCCAUACUGAUCUUCAGUUGGGAGAGUUUGAUAACAGAUCAAAGUGUUUUCUCUGUUGUGAUCAUUUUGUUAACUCUCAUAACCAUUUCUUUUGGCAACGUAUAGAUAUUGUUAGAAGAAAAUUGAUGUUGGUCACCAUUGGGACUUAAAGGGUUAAUAUGGUCACCAGUGGUCCAAAAAAAUUUGGCCGUAUUAACAAGGGUUUUUUUAACAAGAAAAUGUAUGGCGGUUUUUGCCAGGCAGCCAACAAAAGUGGCCAUAAUAACGAGGUGACUGUAUUACCAAGGUGAACAUAAGGCGGGGUUUCACUGUAGUUAAUAUUUUAAUGAAAUAAAGCAUCCACAGUGAAACUGAGUUUAACAUUCUGGCGAAAAGUGCUGUAUAGUAGUUAGGGUUACAGGUUCACUUUAUUUGAGAGUCAUUGUAUAUAGAAUUAAUGUACUUAUUAAGAGCACUAAUUUCACGUCUCUGCUGGAGACAGGACUGUCGUUUUACACAUGGUCAUCCAAGGCACUUGAGGGUCUAGCUGUUUGCAGGGCAUGCAAAAGAACUCCCUUCAUUUCUCAGUUAUUUUAAGACCCUGACUAUUGCUCCAGCCCCAGGAAUCAAACCCAAGCCCUCCUGCUUAACAAUCAAGCACUCUAUUGACUGAGCUAAUCUUGCCUGUAUUAAUCUGGAUGCAAUGAUGCAUUUUCCCUCAAUACCAUACAGACCACAACACAAGGGCCACAAUGCAAUACGUGUUACAAUACACUACCUAAUUACUCCUUUGAAACACUUCACACGACUUAAUCUGCAGUUCAUAACUGACUUAUUUCAUUUACAUCACAUUCAUUAUUAUUUUACAACAAUUAGUCUCUGCUUAUUUUUGCAUUUCAAUGUAUGUCAGGUAGCCAAGAGGAUGAGAAACCGUCCAGGAAAAAUACCAAGGUAAAGUAGACUGCCAACACUGCCUUCGCUAACGCCCGAGAUUACUGUUAAUAUGUUAAUCAAUUUAAUGUAAAGAGGACACAUAGAGAUUUGAUGGUGUUUUUUUUUUGACUCUCUUAUGAUUUGUCUUAUAGGGGGCUAGCUUAUCUGUUCCUGAUGACUCUCAAGUUCCAGGCGUUGUCAGCAGGUACUGUUUUGAAAAAGGAAAUUUGAAAAACCAGUAAUCAAUCGGCCUGUGUAAGGGAAUCCAAGACAGUCUUGGAAUCUGGAUUCUGCACCUCAGAUUCCAGAAAUUUCCAGGAAAUGGAUUCUGGAAUCUUUGUCUGUGGAACUUGGAUUCCAAAUUCCAAUCAUUAAUGGAUUUCAGAUUUCUUAAAGUGUAUUCCGGGUUCCAAAGCCCAGGAUUCCGUAUUCCACAACUUAAAUUUCCCGAAUUCUAGAUUCCACAAGCAAAAAUUGAUCAGAUUCCGAAAUCCAGAUUCCCUCACAUGGGGCGAAUUCAAUUAAUAGCCAGAUCCCUCAACAAGAAAAUGCCAGCACUUUAAUGGAUUUAACGGUGGAAAUAAUUAUUGAUCGCAGAAGAAGAAGCGUAGAAACGUAAUCUUUCUCACAGAAGUUUAUUUAUGCUUGGAGUCAAAUGUUAUUCUUUCUUUGUUGUAGAAUCUCACAAUGUUUAUAUAAUUAUUUAAUUGAUGAAAUUAUUAUUUUUGUGCCAUUUGUCUGUUUUGACAAGUACCACUCUCCCGAAUUACUGUAGUACCCGAUCAAAAAAAUCUAAAAUGUAAUAAGCGCUGCAGCUUCCUCUAGGUAACACUACUGACAGUUGUUGUAUUUGGUUUCAUGCAACAUUCAAAGGGUAGACAAUUUGCUUCAAAAACUCAAUGAAGUGUACGAGGGAACAGAAGGAACCGAUGGCUGGAUUACAGUCGGAAAUGUUAAGUAAGUUAUUUUAAGUGGACAAUAUUAAGGAUACCCGCCGUCUUUGCACGCGCUUUAGGAUUGAUUUAACCGCGGCAGGAUUAGCUCAGUCGGUAGAGCGCUUGACUGCUGAGCGGAAGGUCGCGGGUUCGAUUCCCGGGGCCGGACCAAUACUCAGGGUCUUAAAAUAACUGAGAAAUGAAGGUACUCCGUUUGUUCUGCAAGCGGCUAGACUUUCGCGUGGCUCGGAUGACCACGUAAAAUGGCGGUCCCGUCUCCAUUAGGAGACGUAAAAAUGUUGUCCCCAGUUAGCACUUUCGUGCUAAAUACAUUGACACUCAAAUAAAUAAAGUGCGAUAAAAGCAAUGUCACGUGAGUAAACACGUGAUAAAACAAACAAACAUGUGAUAAAACUUGUUUUAGUCGUUUUCGUUGCCAUUGCUGUCGUAGUUUCGUAAGGUCCCUACUCAAACGCGUCACGUCUCUUUAAAUUCACCCUGGGAGGAAAUACUCAGAAUCGCUCUAUCAACUAACACAGGUUUGUUUUUGUAGAGGUGUCGACAUUAUGAAACGACCUCCUAGAGCUGUUGAGAGACCAUGGGAUUGUUUAAAAGGAACUUCAGUGAUUUGUGCACCAAUCCAUUAUAUUUUAGCGUAUGUUGAGUCACUGGAUUACAGAGGAGAGUGGGAUGACAUGUUUGUGAAAGGUAAUUCUCAAACUCAUUAAUAAUUCAUAAAGAAAAUUCAAAGGAAAUUAAUGUUUAAUGAAUGUUUGGAUAUCAGAUGAAAAACUGCUCAUUUUUGCAUUCUUAAUUUCUCCUUCAAAAAUGAUUUUGUUUGAGAAGAAAUAUCAAACAUUCGACACAGUGUUUCAUCACCAGAUGAAACACCUCGAAGUUCGCCAAAAAUACUCCGCUGCGCGUCGUAUUUUCAACUCUCUUCUCGGUGUUUCAUCGAUGAUGAAACACUGCGUCUCAUGUUUGAUAUAUUACUUCACUUGACGAAACAGAACUAGUUUCAGUAGAGUGCUCUUGCGUUACUUUGCUUUGUGGUUGGCUUAGAAAAUCUCUCGCCUUUUCCUCAGCCAAUCGUAAGUGUGCUAAAUUCCAUUGUUUUUUCGCUUUUAUGUUUUCCCGCACGUUUCAGUUCACAUUCUUUGCUCUGAUUUCUUAUUGGUUGCUUGGAUUAUUUGCCUCCGCCGUGAUUGGCUUGAUUUAAAUGGAGUACUUUUGUGUUGCUUGGUAACUUGGUUGCUUAAUAACCUUCUUGCGCUAGUAGACCGAAAGAAAAAUACUCGCACCUAGUUUGUGCUCGUUUUCUUAGGUAUUUAGUUAAGGCGGCUCCGCGAGACCCCCUUCCACGAGGACUUUUAACAACUGCAAUUGCUAAAAUGGAGGUUGGGUGCCUGGCGUAUCCAGGGGCUUCCACUAUUGGCAGCCAGCCCCUAGAUUGAAGUAAUGCUCCCAGGACUGGCACAACAGCGCAACCCAGCCAUGAGCCCCCACACGAAAGGAAAGGAAAAAGCACCAGUCACACUGAAAACAUCAGUGGAGAAAAACCAACAAAGCCUAGGGGGAGGGGGGGGAGGGGAAGAAAAUGGCUGACAGAACCUAGCACAAAGGAAAACUGAACGCGCUAAAGAAUCACAUGAUCGAUGUAGCCAGCUACUGGGCAUGAGCUUGCCAAAGACCGCUGACCUCAGGCACUUAAGGAGCUCUUAGUUGUUAACUCCUUUAAAUUGCAUUUAACUGUUUUUUUUUUUGGAAAUAUUGUUAUUAUUAUUUUUUUUUUUCACAGGUGAAACAGUAGAGCAAUAUGACCCAAUUACAAAGGUAUUUAUAAUCGGCUUCACAUGUUAUUGGGCGAUCCUAGUAAAACUCCCUUUUUGGUCCUUUAUUUUUUAAUUUUCAUUGGACCAUUAUGUUUCAGCGUGUCUCCUAUUUAACGUCACUAUUUUUGUUAAAUGGUACCUGCCGAAAAAUACAUCAAUCUCGUUCAUGGUAGCGAUACAACAAAAACAUCAACACACAGUACAUCUCAUACCAGCUAUAUAUAAGUGAGGGCCUCUAUAAUAGAGUUAUUUGACCCUUUAAGCUCUAAGAGUGAUCAGCAUCAAAUUUCUCCUUGUAAUAUUAAUGUUUUGUGAAACAGAGUGGUCAUGAGAAUUACGAACAUGAUCACACAGGAUGAAUUUGCUUGAUAAUUUAUCAACUUCUCCCCACUACUUCUAAGUGAAACGAAAAGGAGUAACAAAUGAGGAUUCACAUUUUGAUCUUAGGGUAUAAUGGGUUAAUUCCGUCAUCCCGACCCAAGAUAGAUACUGUCUUUCGGGUCCAAUCCAGAAAUUUUCGCUAGCAUUUGACAAAUUAAAUGAAAUUGAAAAAAGAUCGAUGAAGUUUAAAGCAGUACGAAUUCACAAAGUGCUGUUUUCGGUUUGUUGUCCUCCAGAAAUUUUGCUACGAUGGCAACGUGACGUAACGAUUUCUCUCUUUUGACCUGAGUGGUCAAUUGCCGGUAACUUGCGUUGUUAUCAGUGACGUCAUGAUGCCGACCCCAGAUCUUCCCAGCCUGUGAGCAAGCUCCCUAUUUGGGGGAUAUCUUAAAAAGGAAAACGCGAGAGCGGCACGCGAGAGCGGCUCGCGAGAGGAGACGCGACAGCCCCAUAGAGCUUGCUCGCAAGCUACGUUGUUAUUGGUUUUCUGUCAGUUAAAAGGGCUUUUUUACGGCAGUCCAGUUCAUUUUGUUUAAUUUUGCCAAUUAUCCGCCCUCAAUCGCUAUGGAACUUAACGUAAGCAAAGAAAUUAUGGGUAAAUGACAAAAUCAGAGAUCAGAGACAAACAAAUAUGUCUCCUGAGCAUUAUUUUUGAAGUUGCAAGCAGCAGGGAUCAACUUUGAAAAACUGUUAGGCUGAACAGUUUUCAAAAACCCUAAUUUCAAUCCGUUUCAAUAUUCUUGAGUUUUGCCCAUCCGUGUUAUCUGUUGUUUCUGUCAUGUUAUUUUAACCUUUCUUUAAAGUUUUAAGCGGUUAUUUUUAUGUUUCUCUUAAUUUAACGGGUAUUUUGUAAUUUCCUAAUUUGGCUGAAGUACGUGACACAGCUCCUUUAAGCCAUUAUGUUAUUGGCAGUAAAGACUCUAAAUGUGAGUGUUGCGUUUCAAGCCGUCAUCCAGGAAAACUCGGUCGCCUUUUAUGUAACAGAGUGGCAAAUACACUUCUCUACCCCUUACCUGUAGGCAGAAACAUUCUAUCUUAAGGUCUCUGUUAUUGAUAUUAUGCCUUUCUUUCAGGUUGCUCGGACACAGUUCAAACCAGUAUGGCCGGCCAGUGGUCGUGACUUUUGUAAUUUUGUUGUUCUCAGGGAGCUGGCAGAGGGUGUUUUUUGCCAAGCGUAUGAAGCAGUAUGUAUGGCUAUUUUAAACGUCUCAAGACGUUAAGCGUUCACAUUCCCCUAAAUGUUUAUCUUUCAUAGUCUUCAUAGUCGCUUAGAAACAAAGGAAAAGUACCGUUUGGUAAUCCCAAAAGUGGUCGCUUCCUAGAACUUUUCAUUACAGAGUUUAAGUGACAGUUUAAACGGGGUUUCACAAAAGGUAGUUGUAACUGGAGCUGGUCGCUCACGACAGUGGUCGCAAGGAGAGCUUCGAGACUGUAUUUCAAUUAUCUUUUGUAGGUGGAGCAUGAGAAUUGUCCAGAAGUGAAAGAUCUCGUAAGGUACGAAAAAUUUUAAACCCACUAGAUGAUUUUACGAACAUUUUUUUCAUUAUCUGGCUUGUGUUUUUUUUAUUAUUCAGAGCUGAGGUCAUUAUUGGUGGUUUUGUGGUAAAGGAACUUAGUUCUGAUCCCCCCAGCUGUCUUGUUACCUACAUCACACGAGUCGACUUAAAAGGUAAGUUUCCCCUUUCGCUGAUGAUUCAUACGUCAUGCGUGUAUAGUACUGCACACGUAUGCUCUCCUCUUGCCCAAUUUUUCGUCGUUUAUAUGCCUGAGCAUUUCAGGGUUUUUCUGGACAAUUUUGGUAUUUCAGUUGUCCAAUUUUUUUCCUGUUUUGACACAUUUUCAACCCGGAAAUUUUUUUUAAAGUUCCUUCUUAGCCAUGCGUUGUAACUGAUUAGUGAUAGUGAUAACGCAAAAUUUGUAUAGCGCCAUUUCUGUAAGCGCAAUGGCUCUUUUAUAAUGGUAGGUUAGUUUUACUUACCUUCACAACUAUAUUCAUAUUUUAAAAAAAAUAGAAAUAAGUAGGUAAAAAAUGAGUAUAACUAAAUUUACUUUAUUGUACAGGAAAACUUCCAGUUAGACUCGUGAACAAAGUGACGUCAUCUCAGCCCGAGGCUGUUGCGAUUUUACGCGACAAACUGGAAGCUCUUUACCAAGGAGAUGUAGCGUCUAACAGUGGAGAAAUGUCAGAGAUCCAAAAGUUAGGCGUUGAUUUAUGGACAGAGUUAAUGAAAGCCAAGGAAGCUCGACUCCCGCGCGCGGGCGAGGCGGCUGAACGCGAAGAGAAGGAAUCAGUCCUGGAGUGGAGCUUAGUAGAAAAACAUUUUGAAGAUGACGUGUCUUCUAGUGAUAUGGACAGUAGACGAGAACCAAGUAAUUUUACGGUAAGACCUGACUGUUUUGAAGUCGUGGCGUGAGACUGGGUCCUUGUUAUGUCGUACUGCAUUAUGGGACUGUUUUGGAGACGCUGCCGCUUUUUUUAUCGGCCUUUAAGAGGGUGCGCGGGAAACUGGGCCGAAUGGCGUCCCCAAAAAACGGCCCCGUAAUAAAGAGGAGAAGUCGUUACGUCACGUUGCCAUGUUAGCAAAAUUUCUGAAUGACAACAAAUCAAAACGUCACUUAAAAAGUGGAUUCGCACUGUUUCAAACUUCAUCGAUCUCAUUUAAUUUCAUUUAAUUUGUCAAACGUUGGUGGAAUUUUCUAGGUUGAAUCCGAAAGGACCGUAUCUAAGUUUAGAAAAAGAAAAAGAAAUUUUUUGUGUUGUGCUCACCUACUCGAUAAAGCGGGCGAGUGAAAUUAGAAAGUUUCAUCUCGCAGUCGUGCAAAAAACGGGUAAGGAAAUGUGCAUAAAAGCGUGAUGCACGUGCAAAGUUGUUCUUUUGCCAGUCUAAACCUAUUGCGUUUUUGCUGUUGUAAAAACUCCCUAUUAUUGUGAUCCAGAAAUUUUUUUACCAUAGUAACGUGACGUCACACUUCUCUCUAUUUAUUGCGACACAAGCCCAUGUGCAACCUUAGACUGAUAGCAGUUUCUAAGGUGUCUCGCGCGGGCGAGCAUUUCACGUGCGAGCGAGCGAGGCAAACGCGCGAGGGACAAGAAGAAAGGAAAGCUCGUUUCAGAUGUCUUCCUCGCGCCUUUCUCUCGCUCGCACGCACGUAACAUCCUUGCCCACGCGAUCAUCCUGAGGAACUUCUAGCCGUCUAGCGCAACUUUAAAAUGUCCAACAGCUGCCCAACACUGGCUCCAGGGAAACGGGGCUCAAAACUAGUGUUUCCUAGGAUCGAUAGGAUCCAUAUUUGGCAGCCCAAAUAUUUGUCACUUACUUUUUCAUUCUAAAUGCUGCCAUAAGCAGAAACCCGAAGUUUAAAAAAAUUGCUAAAUUCUAUGAUGUAAAAUACAGGGAAAUGAAUAUCGCCCCUCGCGUUCGUAAUGCGCACACUUGGCUUUGUCACUUUGGUGUCUGAAAUCAGCAGAUUUAAUUUGACUAUAGUUGUCAACUUUCUUACAGGACUCGGGAGAAAUGUUCCCAGCCACAGAUGAGAAUAUGCAACUACCAUUCUGUAAGUAGGCUUUACUAGAAUCGAUUUAUAAAUUUGUUAUAGUUUAUCAGUAGUGUUUUGAUAUUCAUGACUAGCAUUAAAGCAGCCGGGCCACGUCUGGUAGAAAAGGAAACCGUUGUCACUACAACAACCGUUAUCAAAAAAAAGCUAUAACAGACACUUCUGCCGUGACCUUCACUAAGUAGACUUAAACGAAUAUAAAUUGCGGACGUGACGCUGAAUUUGUGAGUUUAUAUUGUUUAUGUUACAGUAAACCGAUUCUAAUGAUUAUUGAGUCCAAAGAGUAUUUACGCUUUAUGAUUGGGUUAAAAGUCACGUGUCACUUUCUCAGCCAAUUACAUUUGUGAGGCCAAAACGUGACUUCAUCUUUAUACGUGAGCUAUGGAAACUUGUUCCAAACUUCCGUUGUGAUUGGUCGUUUAGACUGUCCACUCUUGAUUGAUUAACCAAUGGACCCUCUGAAGCUGGUCACGUGGCACGCGGGGGCGCAAGAAACACUAGGGAAAAAAAAAACAAACAAAAAAUUAUAACCAUUUAAAAUGGCGUAAGGUCUUAGCUUGUCCUGCUUUUUGUAUCACAUGACUGACCAGCUGAAAAGGGCCCAUUGAUUGGACAUGACUGAUUAGAGAUUGAUUGAUUGCUACUAUUUGCGCAACUGUUCGAAAACCACUGUCAUUGGAACAUUAUUAUGUAAUAAUCCGAUACAUCUUAUUUGUUUUGUACUUGUUUUAGUGGACAGACAUAACAUAGAUUUUAAAACACUUGGUAGCCAAGCAGCAGCUAAUUUAUUAGGAGAGGUAAGUAGCAGAGUUUAGUUUUAUUUUUAUUUUUUUUUUCCCAGUUUCUGUCCAUUUCUUCUGUGGAAAUUGCGUGACAUAGUCUUUGGUGCUGAACCUUAGCAAAAAGGUGCUACUGUUCUGUAAACAUCUUUUACCUUUUUAUGAUCGCCCUGCAGGUUUAGUAGGGGAGUUAGAUUGCAAGUAGUGCCCUUUUGACGUAGGAUUGUUCACGAGGAUUGGAAGCUGCUCGCUUGUUUAAUGGUCCACUGUUUUCGGUCAAUUCUGGCGUUUAUUUUACUCUGAUUGCAUAAAAUUUUGUUUGCAGAGGUGUAUGUGCUUAUUCAUGUUUUAGCCUGAGAAAACUGCUAAUAUCUCGCGACGUUACCACUAGUUUCUCCUCAAAAUGACGUCCAAGAAGCGAGAACAGAAAUUCCAUACUGGUGACAGUAAUCAAUGUUUACAUAACAAAUCCGGUAGUCAUGGGGUUCCAAAUGUAAAUUUGUUUGAUUUUAUGUUUCUCCCAAAGUUCAACACUUUUUCCUUGAUGUUUGAAGGUACUGUUAGCUUCCAAAGUGGAAAUUUCAAUGUCAGAGGAGUUGAGUGAAUUGGGAUCUUCAGAGCAAGAAUGGAGGUACAUACCUUCUUUGCAGCCAGAUGGGUGGCUUUACUUCGCACUACGCCGAAGUAACAAGGGAACUGGGGUCGAAAUGUGUCCCGCAAUUGUGUCUGGGAUCGUACCUAGGGACACGCUGGUCAGCUAUUGGCCAAUUGUUUUCCUUGUCACUAGUAACAGUCCCAGACGUCUUUGGGAAAGUUAUCUCGGCCCAGUUUCCUCCUCAAUUGUCCAAUCCUAGUAUAUCAAAGGUGUUCAUUGUGAAUAGUGUCGAGUGUGCAUAAAAAGCAGAAGAGAAUUGAGGGUCCCCAAUAGGGUUUUUCUAUCCCGUAAUCCCGACCCAAAAUUUCGGGCAAUCCCGUAAUCCCAAGGGUUACUUUUGGCAUCCCACCUCCCGCGCAUACUUUCAAUCCCGAAUCACGCCCCGAUUUCGCUUUAAAAUCCCGAAUCCCGAGCCUCAAAUAAGGGAAAUCCCGCAUCCCGAAAAACUUAUUGGAGACCCUCAGAAUUGCCUUUAUCUGUUUCAAACAACCCACUUUUGAAACGAUCGGAAGGUCCACUGUUAUAAGCCGUCGUCUGAGUUAGUCUGCGAUUAUAACUGUUCCGAAUUAUCUUGCGUUUCCAGAUAAACCGCGACAGACGAGGGUUGUCCAAUACUACGACAAAUUUAGGCAUGGCAUUGUAUUUUAUUGUCUUCACAUUACAAUACUGUGCAAAAGCAUAACAAUAAAGAACGAAGCAAAACAAUGAGAAAUUUAACAAAGCCAUGCGUAAAUUUGUCGGAGUAUUAAACAAGUAUGUGACAGACAUGGCCCGGCUCUGGCAAACGCGUCGCAGUCAUAUUAGUAACACAAAACCUAACUGGCUGCGACAGAAGGAUGUGAAUCUCUUUGGUUUGGUAGUUCGGUUCGGUAGCUUAUUCAAGCUUAGGGUCAGGAAAGACUGUAGUGUCAUCUGAUUGUUAGCACGUUUUUCUCAGGCGCCGAUCAAAAUACUGAAAGAAAUAUAUAUUUUAAUCAUUUUUCACAAUUCAAACUGACAUAAUUUGAAUGAUAUCUUUCCUUCGUUCGGCCUGACUUCGCCGUUUGAAUCAGUCGUCUUAAAUCAAGCGGGCUGCAUUGUAAGCUUCUCAUUAUAUUGAGAGGAGAAGUGUGACGUCACGUUAGCAUGGUAGCAAAAUUUUGAAGCUCAACGAUCCAGACAUUUUGCUACCAUGGCAACGUGACGUAAUGACUCUGUUUCGCCCAUCUUCUGCUAGCUUAAACGGACGCUCCUGGUGACCAGGUUGCCUGGUGACUAGAUUGCCCCGGUUAGUGUAAUCGUUAUAAACUUAAUCCUUUCUCUCUUCCUUCUUUUCAGUUAUCAAAGUAUCGAAAAAGACGUCGUUAUUUUGCGAAAGAUCAGUCCAGGAGAGAAAAUUCACAGGUAAUAACUUUCUGUUUGUGUAACUUUGGGCGUGCAAUUGACAUAUGGCCUUCAGUAAAAAGGAUUUUUUAUUUUGUUUUUUAAUUUUUUUUUCUGCCUUUAAGGGGCAUUUUCAACCCAACGAACUUCCUUUCUUUUAUACAAAUGAAAACAUAUUUACAUUAACUGGCAAUUUUCUAAGUCUUUGCCCAUAUUUCUACCAUUUUUCAAUUCUUUUCUCUUUAGUUUCUUAGGCAAAGGAAUGAUCAAAGUGAAGCCGCCUGCAGUGUGGCAAGCAAUCCGGAAUCACACGACUCGUCACAUGUACGACAAGAUGCUCAAGGUAUAAACCACUGGGUUUUUUUUGAGAGGGUCUUUCUAUAGUCUGCCACACAGCCGUUUUUAGUGUCGUCACGCAACGCGGGAGGAGCGUUGCGUGACGACACUAAAAACGGCUGUGUAGCAGACUAGUCUUUCUAUUGUUUUUGUUUUAUUCUUUUUUCGAACACAAUUGUUGCAUUUUGAAUUGUGAGCAUUUAUGAUGAUCGUCUGGGUGAGAAUAGACUCGUAAAAUACUUUUUUUGGAAAUUGGUUACAUCGUUUUAAUACUGGUAUCGUUAAAACACAGUUAAUAACAAAGUGUCGGCAUUAGCGGGGGCUUGACUUUCCAUGAAAGAAUCUGUUUAUUAGGGCCUGUUUACGUGGAGGUGGGGAACCCCAGGUAGGUGAGGUAACCCGCCUGUCCAUGUGAUCUCUCAUUUUAAUUUGAUCACGUUUACAUGAUAGGUGGAGUGGCCCGCCAAGGCGGGUAGCCUGGUCUACCAGACCGAGUUACCCUCUCAGCCGGGGUCAAAUUUUGCCAUGUAAACGUUCAAGGUAGGGUAACCCACCUAGCCGGGGUCUGAUUCGUGAUACAUCAAAUUCGCGCAAAAUUCACUUUGGCGGUGGUUUUGCAUCAUUAUUAAAGGAAACAAUAGAAAGCCACAGCACUGAAGGUUGCAGCAAGAGCAGCAAGUGAGUGUUGAAGAGCAUUUUCGCCAAAACACGUGGUUUGCCAGCAUAUUUCUUGUUUACGUGCUUAACGACCUUUCAAUAAUCUUGAGAAAGUACAACCCGGGAUGGCGGGUUGUAAGAUUGCAUGGAAAGGAGCGUUAUUGUUUUACCCCACCUAAGCGGGUUACCUCACUUACCUGGGGUCCCCCACUUCCAUGUAAACAGGCCCUUAGGUAAGAAACAAGUGCCCGUUGUCCGCAUUUACGGGUGUGAGUAUUACGCGGUUUGAAAUGAGAGAAAAUGUAAGGGCUUUCCCAAAGGGCAAAGAAAACUGUCGACAUUAGGGACUUUAAGAUCCAACGACGCGGACGGCAAAGAGAACGUCAAAAAAACAGUAGGUUUUACAAGCAAAACAACAACUUUGCACGUGCGUCACGUUUUUUUGUACAUUUCUUUGCCCGUUUUUGUACGACUACGACGUGAAAAUGCCUAAUUUCGCGUUUUAUAGAGUACGAGCAACGGCGAAUUUUAUUUCUGUUUCCGAACUUGGAUAUGGCCCCUAGGAAUUCCAUUCCAGGAGGGUUCGCCUACAUUUGACGUAGGAAGUGGUUAGGAAUAAUUGCGAUAAAGACUGAAAGCACGCAAAUUAACUUUUUAAGCGACGUUCUCGUUGCCCGCGCGUCGUUGGAUCUUAAAGUCCCUAAUGACGAGAUGUCUGUAAAGCGAGGUUCGACUGUAUAAUCACCUUUGUUUGUGUACGAUAGGCCUCGCCGUUCAUCAUCAGCUCAUGAUAGUCACUUUGUUAUUGACAAUAUUCAGAGUAAAAAGGGCUGAGAGUGAAACCCCACCGUAGGAUCAUCGCGUUUUUGCGACCACCUGGUUGUUGCAUGCGACGAGAUUCUCCCUGCUCAAAUGUCCUAAAAAAAUGAGUCAUCUGCUUGUCUCAGCCUCGUUAAUACGACUGCUGUAAUUGGUUUUUAUUCCCUGUAGCAUGGUCGCAAUGGCGGGUUUUAACUUAAUUACAUUUCUGCAUUGUUAGUUGACGCCUGAGGUCUUUGGCGAUGUGGGGCGUCUGUAAAUGUUUAUUUGACACCUGUGUUGGCUUUUAUUUCUCAACAGAAAACUAGAUUAGUGAGGCAAAUUGACGAACAAACAAAAAUACGUAAGCAGAAAAUACUAAAAGUUUAAAAUGAGUAAUAAAAGCGAUUUGGAAAUCGGUAUCAAUUUCCCAUGAUUUCUUCUGUGUAUAUGUUUUUUUUGUGUUUCAGUGUACCUUCAUCAUGAAACGACACAGUGCUUCGUAAAGCAAUCGCGCGAUUUUGUUUUGUUAACGUCUGAGCGAGUUGAGGUGAGUUUGGCUACCAAACCCUAGAGUCCUCCGCAAGUUAAGACUAGUUCCCAUUUCCAUGAUCACCUGGCAUCGUUACGAUCGCUAUAAAAAGUCACGCAAACGUAACGAAAGGAGAGGUCAUGUGGACACCAACCUUAAAUUAGGACUGAAAUCAAAGCUCUCUUCAGUUUCUUUCCUUUUCCUCUCCUCCAUGACGUCACAAGCUGGGCUCUCUAUAUAUUAACUUAUCAUUGUCUAUGACAUCACCCCCGCGGUGGAGCCACACGAACCACCAUGAUGCCGCGUCGGCUAAGAACCGCUAUUCUGUACAAAAGUGAGUCGAAAGGAAAAUGCCGACUCAGGGUCGAGAUCCAUUUGUUUUUUUAUCUUAUUUAAUGUUUUAUCCUAACCAGUAUGUGAAACCAAAAGACCCCGACUCCGAUUUCGAGUCGUCGUUUUACUGACUUUCAACGUAAUGUCUUGUGUGCGUGCAGUUGAAUUCUUGCGUCCCUUCUUGCUGCAGUUACCGUCAACUGUAACUCGCGACUUGUUCUAAACAAGUCUUAUCAUCGUUUGUAACUUUAUGUACAGUAAUACGGACACUGAGGGGACCAUAGAAAGUGUCCGUAUUGGGACAAAACCUCCGUGGGAACUCCUUGGAAUUCUUGGCGGAGGUGUGCCACCCAGUUCUCCAACUCCUGACCCUAUUUCACACUUGAAAAAGUCAUGUUUACACCCGUUCUCAGACCUGUCCUCUAAGAAAUUAUGUCAUCAUUACUCAGAUUAGAACGCCAACAGGAAAGAUUUCUUAAAAUCCAUUUCGAAUUCGCAUAUUUCUCUUUCUUCCCUACUCAUUUGAAAUGAUAAAUACUUUCGUACACUCCUGUAGUUUCCUUGAAAUCCAUACCGUUUCCAGACCAAAAUGGGCAGAGUCUCAACCCGUUUUCAGACCAAAACGGCGCAAAAACCAUACCCUUUGCGGCGGAACAUACCCCUAUGGCUUAUAUAAGGGAGUACCCCCCGGGGGGGGGGGCAGAACAAACUGUCCAUAAUAAUGAGGUGUCCGUAACUUGACAUUGGUGCACGUUCUGAAGCAAUCAGAAGCACUACCCAGAUCUGGGUAGUGACACGUCAUCAGUAUGGAAUUUCUGCACUGUGUUCGUUUCUCAGACGUCAUUUCGCGGGAAAACCGGAGGAGGCGUUGCGAAAUGUCGGCUGUUUUCUCAGUCACGUAACAGCUCUCCUAACCCUAAAAGCCAAUUGGUUCGAUACCCUAACCUUGAAACAAUGGGAAAUCAUGAUAAACAAUAGGGCCAUUUAUACGAGGAAAAAUAAGACGCGUCUUACAUAAGACGCGAACUUUCGGUAUAAACGGCACAUUUCGUCUAAAAUAAGACGUGGCUUAGCUAAGACGCGUCUUAUUAGAUAAGACAUGCUCGUAUAAAUGGUACAGUUCGCGUCUUAUUUUAGAAGCGUCUUAUGUAAGACGCGUCUUAUUUUUCCUCGUAUAAAUGGCCCUAAUGAUGUUAUUGUUUUCUGCGACCAAUGAGGACACGCCUUACGAGCAGCUCCUACAUUACUGGUUUUCUCAGGCUAGUAAAGAUAUCAAGAUUAUUUUUAAUGACCGUACUUAUAUUCUUGUUGUAGCCUGAGAGAUACGUAUUGGCGGCGCUGUCAGUUGAUAUCCCGGAGCUGCCACCAACCAAGGAUAUUACCAGAGGCAAGGUAAUGUGCUCCCCAUUGUAAAAGUUUAGAGAAUUGUAGUAUUUCUCACUCGUCUUGCGAAAGGGGUAUCGUCGCUUUCUUACAGAUCUCGUUUUUUGAUCGGCAGUCUGUUGUUUUUUUCAUUUUUGUCUCUUUAAACUUUCGUCCGUAAACUUUAUUUUAACUUGAAUUAAAGGGUAGGUGUGUGACUAGCUUAUGUCUCUUAGCGGAAAUUACAAGAAUUAGUAUAGGUAAUAGCAUGAUUUGUAGUGAUAUUUGGCAUAAAUACACGAGUGAUAUUUCAAAAUUGUUAUACGUAAUUUCACGAGCCGUUAGGCGAGUGAAAUUUGAGACAAUUUUGAAAUAUUACGAGUGGUAUUUAUGCCAAAUAUCACGUACAAAUCGCGAUACAAAUCAUGCUUUUAUUUGUUUAUACUACUACCCACAAAAGGUUUGUAAUUUUCACAUGUAGGUAUUUCAAAUUAAGUUGAAAUACCACUGCUCUAAGCCAAUCAAAUUGCAGAAAUUUCUCAUGUAGUAGUAAAAAAAAAAAUUAAAUCUUUAUCGAACACUAAAAUUCUCUAGGCCAAGUAUCUUCUAUUUAAAUUCACGUCUUGAAAUUGGGUACAGAAUAUAUAGUUUUGCCGAUAAAUAUCUAAAAGAAUGAAGUCCAUAAAAAGUAGUGUUCGUGACUUCGGAAAGGAUAAGUAAUGCUAUCCACGAAGGUUUUAAACUGUAGAUCGGAGGAGUUGUCCUUAGCCUCAUCAGCGUUUCAGAGUGUGUCUCUUCCUUUGUAAUGCCAGAGCAUUGUGAUAUCUUUUUUUAAAGAUUUUAUCUUUUUUUUUCCACCAAACUUUUUUAAAGAUUUUCUCCAGUGGCUGGAUAAUUGAGCCCGUGCUACAAAAUGGUCAGCUGUAUUCAAUGGUGUCUUAUCUUUCGCAGGUAAUUUUAAGUUAUAUGGGAAAAUAGUGUAUCUCGUCGGGCGGGCUUUUAAAGGACGUUUUUUAACUUGGUGGAAGCUGUGAUACAAUUAUAAUAAGAAGAACUUUUGUUAUAAUGUGGCAGGGCUUACUAAUUACGAGAACAAAGAAAUAUUAGAGGAAGUAGAAAGUGCGAUCAACUAGGUUUAGCAUUAGGCAGAAAAAACGAAGAGCGUUAAGUAAGAAAAUACGCGACGUUUUCUCGCCUUUACCAUCCUCCUCCUCCUCCUCCUCCUUUGCUGUUUUGGUUGACAAGUGCACCACAUCCAGAGCGAGUUGCAGUGCCCAUUAUGCACCGUAUUUACUGAUUAAGCACCGCCCUCAAAUAAACGCCUCAGGUGGAAGCAAAAUUACCAAUAAACGCGGCACUCAAACAGGAAAAUAAUUUAAGGCCUUCAUUCCAUGAUUGUGAGAAAAGAAAGUCCGGCACAACUUGGUAAUCUACACCAUCCAGACAAUUACGAUUCUAUCUCAGCAAAAAUACAAGAGGUUAGAACUCAAAACAUCUGUCCUUUUAUUGACACAUGAUUUAUCGUAAUUGUUGUCAGUAGUUCAGAAGUGUUAUUUUUAAAUAAAAAGGGCCCUUGACUAAACGCCGCCCUUGAAUUAAAGCUGCCGCUGCGUUUAAUCGAAUGUACGUUUACCCAACAUGGCGACUCUGCGAUCGAAAGUGACGGCUCCAUCAUUUUUAAAGGGAAAAAUUAGACGCACUUGGUACAUCAACACGAUGUCUCCAUUAUCAGGUUUUUAAGGUAAUCUGUGUGUGCUUUACUUUGCUUUCCGCAGGUUGAUUUUGGGGGUGCUCUUCCCGUCAGACUGGUUAACCUAAUCGCUCGCCGCCAGCCUCUGUGUAUUGCAUACCUCAGAACAUACUUAGAGAAAUUGGAAAACAAUGAAAGCCCAUGAUCAGCACGCCGGUAACGCUUUGGCCGUUGUUGUUUUCCUGGAUGCUCAGUACAGCUUAUCAUUGCUGAAGUGGUCUCCAGUAUGGAGUUAGCUAUAAUCCUAGUCAAUUUAGCAGUGAUGUCAUAGGCAGGCAAUGAACCAAUCAAAAUCCAGUCAAGUGCAUGAAGCUGAGGAAAAUCGCGGGAAAACGCAUGCGGCCAAGUCAUGCUGAUUAUUUAAGGACGUACCCAGUCUUUUUCCGAGAGGGGGUUCAAGAAAUGGUACUACCCUGUGAUGCUGCAGAUGCCUGGAAGGUUGAAGAAAACUAUAGAGCAGCCUGGCACAGCAACAUUUUCCGGUAUUGACAUUUGAAAAGUCAAAUGAAUAGAGCCAUUUCUGCAGAAAGAGAAAAGGAGGAUUCCAGGACCCCUUGAACCCUCUCCCUGGGUACAACCCUGUUAUAGUUAAUUUUAAUAAAACAAAUAACUCGGAAGACUCUCUUCUUCGCAGAGGCUAGCCCGCGUAGGUGGCGGGAUUAGCGGGCGAGUGCUGUUUUUUUGGCCGCCGCGUGAAGAUUGGGAGGUACGUACCCCGGCAUAAUAAUCCCUCCGCUGGGUUCUGGGUAUUCCAAUUCACCACUUGAGAAACGAGGAGGAACCUGGAGCCGAAAUGCGCCCCGCAAUUGUUUCUGAGGGCAUUACUGGGGAGUUUAAUAUACCUCGACGGCCAGGAAAACGUCGCUUAAAAGGUGAAUUUGCGUUCUUUCAAUCUCUAUCGCGAACCAUAUUCAAGUUCAGAAAGAGAACGAAAAUUUAGCCGUCGCUUGUUUAUGUCCUCCACAAAAUGUGAAAUUAGUCAUUUUUCCGUCGUGGUCGUACAGUAACGGCAAAGAAACGUACAGAAGAGAGUGAUGCACUUGCAGACUAUUGUUUUUUUUUUUGACGUUCUCGUUAUCGUCCCCGUCGUGGCAUUGGCCAUUUUUUCCCCUGUCCUUUGUAACAGUCCCAGAAGCCUUUGCGAAAGUCAACUCGAACCAGUCUUUUUCCCAUUUCUAAAUUAUUCAAUGAAAUAAAAGUAGCCUCCCUGUAACAAAAAGAGGCCUCUGCGGAGAGGUCAGAGGUCACCACAAAAAAUCUUUAAAAAUGAUUCUAGUACUUGCUAUAUUUGGCAGUUCUAUUGUGAGUAGCUGCAAGAGAUCAGGGAAACAAGUUUAAUUCACAUAUAUUUCUGAAUGCAAAAGUAAAAAAAAAGUAGAAAACAAAAGUUGUUGAACCACGAAUAGGAUAGUAAUCAGUGUCGAAUCAAUAAUGUAGCCUCUUGGAAGAAAUGAAGUUUUAAAAUAGAAAAUUUAAUAUUAGUAAUGGCG